AUGGAAUCUGUUUCGGCAGAUACUGGAGACAUUGUUUCUGGCCUAGACGUUUUUCUAUUUAACCUCCCGUCCCACACAGAGCCAAACCUUGGCCUUCACCCUCAUCCCUACGCAGAACCAAACACUGACUUUCACUCUCACCCCUACGCAGAGCCAAAUAUUGACUUUCACUCUCAGCCCUACGAAAUGCCAAAUAUUGACUUUCACUUUCAGCCCUACGCAGAGCCAAAUAUUGACUUUCACUUUCAGCCCUACGAAGAACCAAAUAUUGACUUUCACUUUCAGCCCUACAAAAAGCAAAAUAUUGACUUUCACUUUCAGCCCUACGCAGAACCAAAUAUUGACUUUCACUUUCAGCCCUACGAAGAACCAAAUAUUGACUUUCACUUUCAGCCCUACGCAGAGCCAAAUAUUGACUUUCACUUUCAGCCCUACGAAGAACCAAAUAUUGACUUUCACUCUCAGCCCUACGCAGAGCCAAAUAUUGACUUUCACUUUCAGCCCUACGCAGAGCCAAAUAUUGACUUUCACUUUCAGCCCUACGCAGAGCCAAAUAUUGACUUUCACUUUCAGCCCUACGCAGAGCCAAAUAUUGACUUUCACUUUCAGCCCUACGAAGAACUAAAUAUUGACUUUCACUUUCAGCCCUACGCAGAGCCAAAUAUUGACUUUCACUUUCAGCCCUACGCAGAGCCAAACCGUGGCCUUCACCUGCAGUCCAACGCAGAAUCAAACAUUGACUUUCUCCCGAGGAAGAACCAAGCCUCGACUUGCACCCUCAACCCUACACAGAACAAUACACGAACCUCCACCUCAGCCAUAUGUAGUCCUACCUAG